AUGAUUAAUCAUUCCAACAGUGGCAGGCGCGUCGUCGCACUCUGUUGGCCAAUCGUCCUUUUUUUGUCCCUCUGGCCAAAUGACUCGACAGCUUCGGUUCCAACUUCAGUGAUUCGGGCCCGAGAACAACAACAACAACAACAACAAGCUGCCGCUGCUGCAGCAUCAGCUGAAACAACCAUAGCAGAGCAACCAUCAUCCAAUAACGAUACUUGCAAUAAUGAUGUUGAGAACAAGCCUCCGCCACCGCUGUUGGAAUGUGGGGUCUACAUGGCACCGAGUACGAUUGGCAAUCAUUCCAAUCUUGGAAUUUAUACUGGUUUUGCCUUACAACCAAACGAGACGAUACGAUUUCCAGAAAUCGCCAUUCCACUAUUGUUUCGCAACUUUGAUCAACAUCCACCCAAUUCAUUAGGCGACGGGACCUUGUGGGAUCGUUACAUUUGGGGAGCCCAUGUGGCCAAUUUGCAAGAUCCCUUGGACGAUUACGAUCGGACUCAAGAACGAAGUGUCUUUGUCCCGGGCGUGGGAUGUACGGUCAAUUCCAUGUUGGAUUUGCAAAACAUUCAGUCGACUCAAGGGUCUGUGUAUGACACAGCCAAUGUCCCACGGAAUCACCCAGCCGCCGGAUCCUUUUCGCCCUAUCACAGCUCCAAAACGAUCACUACAAGAGAGAUUCCAAUCGGGAGUGAAUUGCUGGCUAAUUAUGGGGAUGGAUGGAUUCCCAACAUUCCAAAUGUGGCAGUUACCUUGGACCAGCACCUGGAUCAAGCGGACAAGUUUGUGAAACAUUACGAAGAAUGGAUGGCCAAGAUUGUUGAGAAAUAUGGAGAGACGGACAAGUUGUCACCCGAAAUGCUGGAAAAACUAUGGACCAUGGCACGAGGGUUACACCCUUCCCGUGACUUUUCGGUGUUGCCACCAGAAAUGGAUUUGAGUCGAUUCCUUUCAAAAUCAUCGUCGACAAAAGAUGCAAAUGCAAACGAAGAAUUUUCAUCGUCGUCGUCAAGUCCGACUCGAGAGUAUUGGCGAUCCCAAUCCAUUCGAUCCAUGGAAUGGUUGCAAAAGCAUGGAAAGUGUCAAGAUCACAUCAAGCCUGGCAUUUCCACCAUUCCCAAUGCGGGACGAGGGGCCUUUGCCAGUCGUGAUUUGCCACAAGGUACUAUUGUGGGGUAUGCGCCCUUGAUUCAUAUUGGAGAGGCAGGAACGGACUUACUUCAAUUUACCUAUCACUCUUCGUCCUCAACCAAUAAGAAGCAAUAUACCAAACCCGAGCUGGUAAUCAACUACAGCUUUCGUCAUCCGAAUUCGACACUGAUUCUCACACCCUAUGGAGCUGGCGUCAACUACAUCAAUCAUGCCUCUGGUCAGCGAACACCAAAUGUACGAGUCCAAUGGCCCAAGGAAGAGUCCAUUGCCCACAAACCCGAUUGGCUACAAGAGAAGAGUGUUCGCUUCCUACGAGAUACGACGGGAAAGAUUGGGCUCUCCUUUGAUUACGUAGCCUUGCGAGAUAUUGCCAAGGAUGAAGAAUUGCUCAUGGACUAUGGCCCAGAAUGGGAAGCCGCUUGGGAAGCUCAUGUGGUCAAUCAUGUGCCGCCAAAAGAUGCUUUGACCUAUGUUCAUUCGUCCCAAUAUACUGGGGAAUAUCUCAAGACACGAAACGAACAACUGUCGGAUCCCUAUCCGACCAAUUUGCACACACUCUGUCGCCCUUGGUUCACCCAGCGACCGGAUGGAACCAAUGUUUUUGCCCGUCCUAUGAGGCAAGACGAUCAAUAUGUGACAUGCGAGGUAGUGGAACGAAAUCCCAGAGACGACUCUACGACGUAUACCGUUCAAAUGUCGCUUGGUGGUGGUGAUGGUGGUGGUUCCAACACCAACAAGAACAAGGUUGUAGUUGUGGUUGUGCAGGGAGUUCCAAGACCCGAGGGGAUCGAACUCUUCGACAAGGUCUUUUCGCAAGACAUGCACUUGCCCCAAGCAUUUCGGCAUCCCAUUUCCAUACCCAAUGAUAUAUUUCCAGAAGCGUGGAAGAACAAGCUAUGA